ACGAAGCCCCAGCCGGCCGUGACGACGACCCUUCAGGGCCUCUGUUUUCUGUUACAAUGGAUCGCGAUUUAGAACAGGCUCUGGAUCGCGCAGAGAAUAUCAUUGAAAGUGCCCAACAGAGACCUCCUAGCAGGAGAUACUCACCUAGGGCGGGAAAAACUCUACAGGAAAAACUUUAUGACAUUUAUGUUGAGGAAUGUGGAAAAGAGCCUGAGGAUGCUCAGGAAUUGAGAAGCAAUGUAAAUUUGUUAGAAAAGCUUGUUAGGAGAGAUUCCUUGCCGUGUUUAGUGGUCAAUCUAUACCCAGGCAAUCAGGGGUAUUCUGUGAUGCUCCAGAGAAAAGACGGGUCCUUUGCAGAGACCAUUCAACUGCCUUAUGAUGAAACGGCAUUGCUCAACUAUUUGGAUGCAGAAGAAUUACCCCCUGCUUUGGCUGAUGUCCUGGAUAAAGCUUCAGUUAACAUUUUUCAUAGUGGAUGUGUCAUAGUAGAAGUCCGUGACUACAGGCAGUCCAGUAAUAUGCAACCCCCUGGUUACCAAAGUAGGCAUAUUCUCCUACGCCCAACGAUGCAGACUUUGGCCCAUGAUGUGAAGUCAAUGACAGGAGAUAGCCGGAAAUGGAGCCAGGAGGACAAACUUGAGCUUGAGAGACAACUGACCUUAGCGACAGCUGAACCACUGUGUCUUGAUCCUUCUGUAGCAGUUGCCUGCACCGAAAACAGGCAAAAGAUGAAUACCGACCCGAUGAAACAGUGCCUCAAGAGGUAUUCAUGGCCCUCUGUAAAGCCUCAGCAGGAGCAUUCUGACUAUUCACCCCCUCCUGAGCUAACAGUGUCAAUUUCUGGCCAAAAAGAAGAAGAAGAAGUGGGUCAGCCUUAUGAGCUGGACAUUGCUAAAGCAGAAGGUUGGGUAGACAUGUGGAAAAGUAUACCCUGUGAUUUGGCCAUGCCUUCUGAAGUGGAUGUGGAGAAGCUUGCUAAAGGGAGUCAGUUUGUAACAGCUGCUGACCCCCCGUUUCCAAUCUGGCCAGCCCAGGAGGUAGAAGACCCUUUCGGAUUUGGAUGGGAUGCUGGCUAUCAGGCCUGGGACACCAAGCCGAGCGUGAUGCAGUCGUUUAAUGAUCCGUUUCUCAGUGGUGAAAUAUGGCCACGUAAAAAAGCCAGGCAGAAGGGCCAGAAGUCUCCCUGCCAGCCCUUGCCAGGUGACCAUUCAGCUGGUCUCAGGCUUGAGCCAGAGGCUGAUGCUUGGAGGACAGUGAGUUGGGCCCAGGAAUCAGUGCAGAGCAAAGUCAAAGGUCCAGACAAGAUGUCAUUCAGCUCCAGUGGCCCAGCCAGUGUCAGUCAGCUCUCUUCAGGGAAAGCACCAGAACAGCCUAAGCCUGUGUGGGUCCAGGCUUCAGUAUUGGGGAAAGGAAAGAAACAUCCACCUCCCUACACCCAACUUCCCUCAAGCUCAGGAAAGAGUUCCUGGGAUAACAGUUUUCCCCCACAACAGGCAGGCAGCUCUCUUAAGCGUCCAUUUCCUGCUGCUGCUGCUCCUCCUCCUCCUCCUCCUCCUCCUCCUCCUCCUCCUCCUCCUCUUCCUCCUCCUCCUCCUCCUCCUCCUGCUCCUGCUGCUGCUUCUGUGGCACCAAGUCAUUCUCAGAAGUCCUCUGUGCAUCUCAUUCAAGUUAUCAGGCCCCCUCCAUUGGCCAUUCCGGUCGGGACAGACUCCAAUGUGGUGGGCCGAGUCCACGGAGCCCAGGAUUUGGGGAGCAGUUCCAAGCCUGUGCAGGUCCCUGGCUGUGGUGGCCCAGCUCCUACAGGAAUCAGUGGUAGUGGCCUUCAGUCCUCAGGAGGUCCGCUACCAGAGGCAAGGUCCGGUGCAGUGCAGGCAUCUUCUCCAGCACCCUCUCAGCUUUUCCUAAAUACUCCUGAAGGUCUCAGGCCUAUGACUUUCCUCCAGAUUCUGCAGGGCCCUGUGGUUCUGAGUGGCUCACAGGAGCAGCUCCAUCAGCUGCCUUCCCUGCUGCAACCCCAGCAGCCCACAGCUGCUCACCUUCCUCAGCCAGGACCACAGGGUUCCAUGCAAGGUUUGGGCACUCAAGGGCAGGCCUUCCCUGCUCAGCAACUUCUUAACGUGAACCUCACUGGAGCCAGAAGUGGUCUGCAGCCCCAGCCCCAGGCAGCUGUGUUGGCUCUGCCUGGCUCUGCUCAGGUUCCUCAGCAGGGGGCCCAGCUCCCCUUUGUCUUGAGGCAGCAGCAGCCACAGCCACUGCAGCCACAGCUGCAACUGCAGCCGCAACCACAGCCACAGCCCAUCCAGCGCCAGACACAGCAGUUGAGAGUCCUGCAGCAGCCAGUGUUUUUGGCUACAGGUGCUAUUCCAAUAGUGCAGCCACAUCCAGUUGGGCAAGCAGAGAGCCAGUCAGUAGGUCAGACGAACGGAGGCAAGCCAACCCCUCCAGCACCCUGAGGCUUGUGGUAGUUUGUGUCUGUCUAUCUCUCUCUUAUUAUUAUUAUUGUUAUUAUUAUUAUACUUUAGCUUCUGGGGUACAUGUGUAGAACGUGCAGGUUUGCUACAUAGAUAUACACAUGGCUUGGUAGUUUGCUGCAUCCUUCCCCCCUCCCACAUCUACAUUGGAUAUUUCACCUAAUGUUAUCCCUCUCCUAUCUCUCCACCCCCUGCUAUCCCUCCCCUAGCCUCUCUUUUAUAAGCACAGGAGCACUGACCCAAAUGAAUUCCCAGUUUUUACUUGAGUUUUGGUUUUUUUCAUGUGUAGGUAUUUUACAUUUUAAGGUACUCACUUGACAUAGAAGCACAGUCCACUGAUUUUGAUAUAGAAACAGGA